GCAAAGAGAAACCAGCAGCAACAAUGGCGAGAGCAGAAGAAGACAACUGGAGCGAGGCAGUGGAAGAUCUUGUAACAUCAGGAGACACCGACGCAGCCAUAUCUGUACUGGAAUCCGUAAUCUCCAAUUUGGAAAACAAAGGCUUGCCCGAUUCAGGUCCUCCUGAGUUGGCUUCUGCUCUUUCCGAUCUUGCAGAACUCUACUCCUCCAAAGGCUUCUCCCUCAAAGCAGACGACCUUCAGUCUCGCGCUUCCCUCAUCAAGCUUCGUCACUCUUCCUCUUCCACUUCUGGUGUUGCGACAGAGAAGCAGAGCUCGAUGCCCGGAAAGCAUUCAACAGAUGGACAUCUUGAAAAAUCAACGAAAUCGCAGGAUUCUUCUGCUUGCAAUGGGGCUUCGGAUGAUGAUUGGGAAGCUAUUGCAGACCGCACACCUGACGAAUUACUCUCUUCACAAUCUUUGCCCGGAGUAUCAAAACUUUCUUUGGAAGAUACCAAAGUUCAAGCCCCUAAGCGGCGUGGAAGAGGAACAUUUGCAUACAAGAAACAUGAACUUUACAGUGAUCAAUUAUCUAGUAAGAUAGUAGUUGAUAAUGAUAGCUUGGAGGAAGAAAGUGAGUGCCAUAAUUUAGAAGGCGGUGAAGAAACAAGAAACUCAAAAUAUGGUACACGACACAUUCUUGUUUUAGCUGGCUUUCCACCAAGUACUAGAACAAUGGAGUUAGAGAAUCUUUUUAAGGACUUCAGAGAUCAUGGAGUUGUUAUUCGCUGGGUCAAUGAUACGGUCGCACUUGCAGUUUUCCAAACACCAGCGAUCGCACUUGAAGCUCGUAAUCAUAUUCAAUGUUCUAUGACAGUUCGAGUGCUUAAUGAGGAUGAUACCCUUUUAAGCUCAAUUUCACCAAAAGAUCUGGAGCCUCCUCGGCAAAGGCCAAAAACAUCAGCAAGAACUGCCCAGAGGCUCAUUGCACAUGGAAUGGGACUGAAAUUACCUUCAACUGCCUUCGGGUCCCGAGACUUGAAGGAACAGGAAAAUGAUCGAAGGAGCCGCAUAGUCACGAGGCAAAAAUUGAAAGAUGAUGCUUGGGGUGGGGAUGAACAGUGACAUUCUUUUUGCUAAUAUUAUUGUUUCUUACUCCAUUUUCUUUUUGUUCAAGUUGCCCUUUGUAUGCGAUAUCGGCACGUAAAGUUUGUCAUUCAACUUGCUGAUUCAACAGUUGAUUUCCUGUGCAUUUAGCUAAAGUAUUAAUGAGGGCCCGGACCUUACUCGUGUAGUCCUAUAGAUCACUUCUGUCUACGAGUGCUACACAAUUUUUUCUUCCUAAUUGUGCGAGCAUGACAAAAAUGAAAAGUUAAGUUUACAUUACAUGUAGCUGUCAUCUUUGAGCAUUGAAAUUUAAACUCAUUGUA